GUCGUUUUCUAUUGGUUGUUACCAGAUAUCAAGGAUAACUUGUUUUCAUUUUCAUGUAAGAAACACUUCAGAAAGACAAAGCAUUACCUGGCAACAAUGGAUAUAAAAAGUUCAAUAUUUGAGGAAGACAAAGAAGAGUUUCCUUGGGAUAAAAAUGCUCUGAAGAGUUUUAAAAAAAUUAUAAAAGAUCAAGGAAUAAAGUGCUGUAUGGACGACAUCUUUCUUCUUGGAAUUCUUCGCGCAAGAAAAUAUGAAAUGGGAAGAUCUCUGCAAUUACUGAAGAAUUACUACGAAAUUAGAUUACAAUAUCCUCAAUAUUUUAAAGACCUUCUUCCUUCCAAGUUGGAGCAAGCAUUAUCGUUAAAUAUUAUGCAAUUUUUGCCAAAACCCGAUCAGAAAGGCAGAUAUGUUUUCAUUUUUCAAUUCAGUAAAUGGGAUACUUCUGUUGCAAAUAGAUUUGAUAUGUUUCGUACUGUAAUGCUGUUCUCUGACCUACAACUAAAUCUCCAUCGAUCUCAAGAGAAAAAAUUUGUAAUUAUAACGAAUGCAGACGGAAUAUCAAUAUCACAUUUCCUUCAACUUACACCAAGUUUUUUCAGUUCAGCAACGAAUGUUUUGUUUAGAGAUUCGUAUCAGGCUCGAUUUAGUGAAAUUCAUUACGUAAACUUGAAUAUCGUCAUUAAGGCCAUUCUAAGCAUUUUUAUUCCACUUUUACCAAGUAAACUGAGAGACAGAGUGCAUCUUCAUUCUGACAUGUCAACAUUACACGAAUUUAUCAGUCCCGAUUGCCUGCCCUUAGAAUACGGAGGAAAUUUGCUAAGUUUCGAUCCAACUGCAGCCAAUAAUAUGAUUAAAGCUAACGAAGAAUUCUUUCGAAAGAACGAAGAAUAUGUAAAGUUGUACGAAGAACAAAGAAAUAAGAAUUUCAGCCAAGGCACAUUUCGCUACGUUCGUGAAGAAAUUGAAGACGAAAAGUUGAAGAAACUGAUAGAAAAAUCUGAAGAAAGAUUUAAAUCUUAUUCACACGAUCCAGAAGCAUUUUUGGCUGCUAUGAAAGAAGAUUCUGAACUUGAAAUUACACAUUUCUAAGCGAUAUAGACUCGUCUU